GCGUAGAAAUAAAGCGAGACGCGAAUACUACUCUGUCAUCUGUAGCAGCGUAGACCCAAAGAGACCAAUCAUCCAAACCUCCCCGCAAAACCCCUAAAACGACAUCGUCCCAUCCCAAAUCUGCCCCCGCCCCCUUUCUCUCUCUCCGUACUUUCCCACUCAUCCACAAAGUCGUCUUCUCUGCAGCUUCUUCUUACCAGGAGAUAUGAUUAGGCUAUUCAAAGUAAAGGAGAAGCAAAGAGAACUUGCUGAAAAUGCGAAUGGAGCGUCACCUGUGAAGAAGCAAUCUGCUGGGGAAUUGCGUCUUCAUAGAGAUAUAUCUGAGCUGAAUCUCGCAAAAACUUGUAGCAUUUCAUUUCCUAACGGCAAGGAUGACCUGAUGAACUUUGAGGUUACAAUUCGUCCAGAUGAAGGAUAUUACUCAGGAGGUACGUUUUCAUUUACUUUCCAAGUGGCGCCUAUCUAUCCACAUGAGGCACCAAAAGUCAAGUGUAAGACCAAGGUCUACCAUCCUAAUAUUGACUUGGAAGGUAAUGUCUGCCUCAACAUCCUACGAGAAGAUUGGAAACCUGUCCUCAACAUAAACACUGUCAUUUAUGGAUUGUAUCAUCUUUUCACGGAACCAAACUAUGAAGAUCCACUAAAUCAUGAUGCAGCAGCGGUGUUGAGAGACAACCCGAAGAUGUUUGAGUCUAAUGUAAAACGUGCUAUGGCUGGUGGUUAUGUGGGGCAAACGAUUUUCCCCCGGUGCAUGUAGCUUUUGUUUGGUACCACCAAAGUGCCAAUUAAGGUAUUUACCAAUGCUCGAAAUGCAAGUGGGGUUGUAAUAUUUGUUUGCAGAUUGCAUUUUCUUUGUUCAUCCUUUAAAAUGAAAGAAAAUUUAUCGACGGAGCUGGGGGCAGUAAAAUGUAUGUCACUGUAACUGUUGGUAUGCUUUGUAUGUUGACAUGAAUUUUAAUCUUCAUUUGUAAUAAGGAUUCAUCUCUCUCUC